UGUUACGAAAUAACAGCCAAUCCUGUGUAUCUGAAUACGGUGCUGCCGCCUAUCUUUUACAAAACCAAACUACGUUUCUGAAAAAGCAUUAACCGACACAUAAGUCUAUUACCCGUAGAACGAAGGAGUUUGGUGGAGGUCCUGUAUAAUAAACCGAUUGAAUAGCAGGUGAGCAAUGGCGCGUACCAAGCAAACUGCACGUAAGUCAACAGGAGGUAAAGCUCCCAGGAAGCAACUUGCAACUAAAGCUGCACGUAAAAGUGCACCAUCUACGGGAGGUGUAAAAAAACCACAUCGUUACAGGCCUGGUACUGUAGCUCUCAGAGAAAUCAGAAGAUACCAGAAAUCGACUGAGCUAUUGAUCAGAAAAUUACCAUUUCAACGUUUAGUUCGUGAAAUUGCACAGGAUUUCAAGACAGAUUUGCGAUUCCAGAGUGCUGCAAUUGGAGCAUUGCAAGAAGCUUCUGAAGCAUAUUUAGUUGGAUUGUUUGAAGACACAAACUUAUGUGCAAUUCACGCUAAACGCGUUACGAUAAUGCCUAAAGAUAUUCAAUUGGCCAGACGAAUUCGCGGUGAACGCGCUUAAAUUGUUCAUAUUUCAGAUUCUUUAAUGUCUUUCUUUUUUCAAAUUCAUAUUGUUUUCAUAUUUGAAUGUUCUUAAAAUCAAAUUCAUUGUAGCUUAGUUUCUUUCUUAUAAGCCAUUAUAAUAACUAAGUAAUUACACUGCCAAGUUCUAUAAGCUCUGAUAUGCAGAGAUUAAGGAUAUGUAACCAUCAUCAUAUCAAAUAGUUUAGCCGAAAACAUAUAUCAUUUAAAUAUAAACGAUAUACGGAAGGCACAAAGCGGAGUAUGUAGCUCAUAACAAAUAGUAAUAGUACUUUGCAUAAUUCAUAUUUUAUUAUUAUAUAUAACAAUAAGUAACGUACGCGAUACAUAAGCAGUAUAACAAUAUGUAGAUUUGAUAUUUUAUAGAAAAAGUCAGUUAUAUUCGCUACCGUAUUUACUUCGUGGUUAAUACACUUUCUAUAUACAAUUUUCUAUAUUGAUGUUAAGUUAGAUCAUAAAUUAAAUUAAAUUUAUAAUAUAUAAUAUAGUUAUUAUGUGCAAGUAAAUAUAUGUAGUAACAUUUCACGAAGAAAAGUCAAGUGCUAUUGGAUUAUGUAUGAGAAGUGUCAUGUUAUCUACAUGUUGUUAAUUGUAUUUACAUGAUUAGGUUAUCAAAAUUGAUUUGCACGUAUAUACCUCAUUUUUAUAAAUUAACAAAUCUAUCACCAUAAAAUUACAUGUCAUUAUUAAUUAGGUUAUUAUUUUAAUAAUUAUAAUGAUAGUAAUAAAAAAACGCAAUUCAUAACACUAAAUUAAUGUAAAUGAUCUAUAAAAUUUUUUAAUAAACUUAACUUUAAUUGUUUUCCUGACGAAAUGAAA